UUAUUUCAUUCCGAAGGAUCCUUGGCCUCCUGCAGCUGCCCGGAGAGCUCCCCGCUCCAGCCGCAAUGUGUCCACGACGCAUCUCGCGGCUUCACCCUCGGUGAUGCGGAUCUGAUCCCUUCAUCUAGAGGGGUAUCUUCCAGACCAUUACCGGACUCACCACGGUGUAGGUUGGUAUGGUGGAAGCACUGAUCGGGGACGACAGCUCUGGGCGGUCGGAUAGGAGAUGCCUCCUAAGUCCUUCAUCAUUGUCUUGUGACAGUUUACAUUUCAUGUACGCGCAGCUUGCUGCGCAUGGUUCUGUAAAAACCUUUUGUUCAAUUUCUGUGUAUCUUCUUGCUUUUGGGCGUGGUUUUGCUUGCUACUUUUUCGGUAUCGAUGCGAAGCAUCGACCUUCAUCUCGGGCCUAUGUUGGAAGAGGUCGACCAGAGAGAAGAAAAAAAAGGAUGGGAACGGGGCGAAUUGGAAAUACAGGGACGAUGGUUUUGUACAUGGGUUUUUGGGAUUUGGACAUGGAUAUAGAUGACGGGUUUUCAUUCAUGUAUAGGUGCAGGUCGUGGAACAGGAGGCCUGCCAUUAUUUUAUGUAUUGGGAGUUCAUAUGUGCAUUUGGUCCUGUGAAUAUUCUUUGUUUCUCUUGCACCUUUUUUUGUGGAUUCUUCAAUCCCCGCUUUGGAUAUAGCUUGACUACUUAUAUUUCUGAGGGUCACUGUCUUUGAUUUUCUACUCAACUUCCCUACUAGCGGGGAUCAAAAGUUUUGCUA